AUGUACUUUGAUCUUGGACUAGAACAAAAGGACAUUUUAUUGUGUUUGGCCCACAAUCAUGGAAUAAUUGUUUCCCUUCGAACUUUGCAAAGAAAUCUGCAGUGCUUAAACUUGUACAGACGGAAACACAAGACAGAUUCUCUAGACUUAGCUCUGUUUCUUCAACAGGAAAUCAAUAAAUCAGGAAGACUCCAUGGAUAUAAAUGGAUGCAUGCAAAAUGCUUAGCAAAAGGGUUUGUUACUGACUCUGAGAGUAUAAGAUUUCUACUAAAGACACUAGACCCAGAAGGAGUUGAACAGCGUAAACGUCGUUGUUUAAGACGCCGUCAGUUUUCUAGUAAGGGGCCUAACAAUACAUGGCACAUAGACUCCAAUGAUAAAUUAAAACCCUAUGGUAUUUUCAUAAAUGGUUGCAUUGAUGGCUUUUCAAGGUUUAUUAUAUGGUUGGAAGCAAGUAACAGUGGAAAGGCUGGAAUAACUGCAAAUUAUUUUGCACAAGCAGUUAAAAAAAGGAAUGGCUGUCCAUGCCUUGUUCGAGCUGAUCUCGGGGUUGAAAAUGUGUAUGUUGAAAAAAUGCAAAAAUUUCUAAGAAGAAAUAACACUGAUUUUUAUGCUGCAGAAAAUAGUUUUAUAUAUGGUCAAAGCAGAACAAAUCAGCGUAUUGAAUUUUGGUGGGGCAUACUAAGAAAACAGAAUCUUCAGUUUUGGAUGGAUCUUUUUAGGCAAAUCCAAGUGGAUGGUUACUUCAGUGGGGAUUUUCUAGAUAAGGAGCUGAUAAGAUUCUGCUUUAUGAAAUUAAUACAGGCUGAGUUGGAUGAUGUUGUUGCCAUUUGGAACAGGCACCGUAUGAGAGCCAAUCCUUCAGCUAUCCUUCCCAGUGGGAAACCUUUUCUUUUGUAUACUCUUCCCGAACUGUUUGGUUAUCAAGAUGAACUUGUUUUUGUUGAUCACCUAGAAACUGAAGUCUGUGAAGAGGAAAGCAUUCCAAAAAAUGAAUAUCCCUGUGAUCCAGAUAUACAUGAGCUGUGCUGUAUACUUAUGGAAGAGAAUGGCUUUAGCAUGCCAUCUGACCCUUUUGAUGCUGUAACACUCUACCAGGCACUUAAGACAAUAAUACAUAAUUUACUUGAGAAAUACAGAUACAUUUAA